AUGGUAGAUUACAGAAAGGUUUGUUACCUGUUUAUCACAAUCAUCGGCAUCCCGGUUAACCUGCUUGCAAUCGUCAUUCUCUGCCGGGGAAAGUGCGGUCUCUCAAAAUGUAUUACCCGCUAUCUGGUGGCGAUGGCGGGAGCGGAUUUAAUGGUAGUGAUUAUCGAAGUCCUGUUGUACCAGAUUAUUGAAUCAUACGGAAAGCUCAGUGUCCUGGGCGACGCUCCCUUCUGCCUUGUCCACUAUUCGUUGUGUCACGUUGCUUCAGAUUGUUCCGUGUGGUUUACCGUCGCUUUUACUUUCGAUCGCUUUGUGACCAUUUGCUGGUCUGCGAUGAAGGUAAAAUACUGCACACCCAAAAUUGCAAGUGUGGUUAUUGGUACCAUAGGUAUCGGGUUGUGUUUAAAGAACAUCCCUUUUUAUUUUCUGUAUAUGGAAACAUCGGCUUUUCGAGUGGGCGAUAAAUGGUUUUGCUUUGGUAAACCCGCACUUCCCAUGACGGAUACACUUGAUGGGUUUUACUGGGUGGAUCGUGUUUUUAACCCGCUACUUCCUUUCUUCCUCAUUCUGUUCCUCAAUACUCUGACCGUGAGGAUGAUCCUGGCAGCGAGCAAAGUUCGCAGGACACUCAAAGGGCAGGGAAAUCGCGAGAAACAGCUGGAUCCGGAAUUGAAGAGCCGACGACAAUCCAUCGUUCUACUCUUCACCCUGUCGGCGAGUUUCCUCGUCUGCUGGGCGACAACCACUCUGGUCUUCAUUCUCACCCGCUGUCUCUACACCGACCUCGAAACGUCCAUCCGCCUUUUUCAGGCACAGGAUGCCGGGACUGUGAUGCAGCUUUUUAGUUGCUGCACAAACACUUUUAUUUAUGGGAUAACUCAGACCAAAUUCAGGGAACAGGUCAGGAUUGCGAUGCUUUACCCCGUCAAUCUGCUUUUUAGUUUUUUGAAGUAA